CAGGAUUGUAUCCUUUUCUCAUCUAAUUUUAUACAUUAACAGGAAAGCAGUCUCAUCUGUGAUGCUGGGGUCACCCUACAACCAUACAACGGAAGCCCCUGCCACCUUCAUCCUGGCGGGUAUCCCAGGUCUGCAGUCUUCACAUCUCUGGCUGGCUAUCUCACUGAGCAUCAUGUAUACCCCAGCCCUGUUAGCAAACACCCUCAUAGUGACUGUCAUCUGGAUUGAUUCCAUGCUACAGGAGCCCAUGUACUGCUUCCUGUGUGUUCUGGCUGCUGUGGACAUGGUUAUGGCCUCCUCGGUGGUGCCUACGAUGGUGAGCAUCUUCUCCUCAGGAGACAACUCCAUCACCUUUAAUGCUUGUUUCACUCAGAUGUAUUUUGUCCAUGCAGCCACAGCUGUGGAGACGGGGCUGCUGCUGGCCAUGGCUUUUGACCGCUAUGUGGCCAUCUGUAAGCCCCUACACUAUAAGAGAAUUCUCACACCUCGAGUGAUGCUGGGAAUGAGUGUGACCAUCACCAUCAGAGCGACCGUAUUCAUGACUCCAUUGAGCUGGAUGGUGAGUCAUCUGCCUUUCUUUGGCUCCAACGUGGUUCUCCAUUCCUACUGUGAGCACAUCGCUGUGGCCAAGUUGGCUUGUGCUGACCCCAGGCCCAGUAGUCUCUACAGUCUGAUUGGUUCCUCCAUUAUUGUGGGUUCUGAUGUGGCGUUUAUUGCUGCCUCCUAUAUCCUGAUUCUCCAGGCAGUAUUCAGUCUCUCCUCAAAGAAUGCUCAGUUAAAAGCAUUAAGUACGUGUGGUUCCCAUGUAGGGGUUAUGGCUCUGUACUACUUACCUGGGAUGGCAUCCAUCUAUGUGGCCUGGCUGGGGGAGGACAUAGUGCCUUUGUGCACCCAAGUGCUGUUAGCUGACUUGUAUCUGAUCAUCCCACCAUCUUUGAAUCCCAUCAUCUAUGGCCUAAGGACGAAGCAAAUACGAAAACGAACAUGGGGCCUGCUGACGCACUGCCUCUUUAACCACUCCAACUUGGGUUCAGGAAUUCAGGCUCUUGAGAAAACCAGACAACUUCAAAGAUGCCCUAGCUAA